ACACCAAUACCUCGCUUUGAAAUACGCUGCGCGUCAGUUGCGUUAAACUUUGUGUUUCCCAUCGUUGUCCUCAAAAGUGAUUAUUAUCCGGAAUUUACAACUAAUAAUAAAAAUAUCUAACGCCAGAGACUUCAGAUCUGAAGGAUGUACGCUGACGACGGCGGUCCAGAUCAGUACGAGGAUGAUGAUCCGGAGGAGAUCUCCUCGAAGCUGUGGCAGGAGGCCUGCUGGAUCGUCAUCAACGCCUACUUCGACGAGAAGGGUCUGGUACGUCAGCAGCUCGACAGUUUCGAUGAAUUCAUCGAGAUGUCUGUUCAGAGGAUCGUCGAGGACUCCCCCCAGAUCGAUCUCCAGGCCGAGGCCCAGCACACGUCCGGAGAGAUCGAGAGCCCCAUCAGACAUCUUGUCAAAUUCGAGCAAAUUUACUUGUCAAAACCCACCCACUGGGAGAAAGACGGUGCACCUUCUCCAAUGAUGCCCAACGAGGCCCGUCUACGAAACCUGACGUACUCAGCUCCUCUCUACGUCGACAUCACGAAGACAAUCGUCAAGGAGGGCGAGGAUCCUGUGGAGACGCAGCACCAGAAGACGUUCAUUGGAAAAAUUCCUAUCAUGUUGAGAUCAAAGUACUGCUUACUGGCGAGUUUGUCAGAUCGUGAUCUGACUGAGUUAAACGAGUGUCCCCUGGAUCCUGGAGGCUACUUUAUCAUCAACGGCUCGGAGAAGGUUCUCAUUGCCCAGGAGAAGAUGGCCACCAACACUGUCUACGUCUUCAGCAUGAAGGACGGAAAAUUCGCGUACAAAGCUGAGAUACGUUCGUGCUUGGAGCACAGCUCUCGACCAACCUCGACACUGUGGAUCAACAUGAUGGCGAAAAGUGGUGCGAGCAUCAAGAAGUCAGCGAUUGGUCAGAGAAUCAUUGCUAUUCUUCCCUACGUGAAGCAGGAAAUUCCCAUUAUGAUUGUCUUCAGAGCGUUGGGAUUCGUCGCUGACAGAGACAUCCUGGAGCACAUUAUCUACGAUUUCGAUGACCCGGAAAUGAUGGAGAUGGUCAAGCCCUCGUUGGAUGAGGCUUUUGUUGUUCAGGAGCAGAAUGUAGCGUUGAAUUUCAUUGGUACCAGGGGCGCCAAGCCUGGUGUCACAAAGGAGAAACGUAUCAAGUAUGCUAGGGAGAUUUUGCAGAAGGAAAUGCUGCCACAUGUGGGAAUCAGCGAUUUUUGCGAGACGAAGAAGGCUUAUUUUCUUGGAUACAUGGUCCAUCGUCUUCUAUCAGCAGCAUUGGGUCGCCGAGAGCUUGACGAUCGUGAUCACUACGGAAAUAAGCGUCUUGACCUAGCAGGACCCUUGCUAGCCUUCCUCUUCCGAGGUCUCUUCAAGAAUCUCAUGAAAGAAGUGAGAAUGUACGCCCAGAAGUUCAUAGACCGGGGAAAAGAUUUCAAUCUGGAGCUGGCCAUUAAGACAAAGAUCAUCACCGAUGGUCUGCGUUACUCCCUCGCCACCGGGAACUGGGGCGAUCAGAAGAAGGCCCAUCAAGCCAGAGCUGGUGUGUCGCAGGUAUUGAACAGACUGACAUUUGCAUCGACCCUGUCUCACUUGAGAAGAGUUAAUUCUCCAAUCGGUCGUGAUGGAAAGCUCGCCAAACCCAGACAGCUCCAUAACACCCUCUGGGGAAUGCUGUGCCCCGCUGAGACCCCGGAGGGAGCAGCUGUUGGUCUCGUGAAGAAUCUUGCUCUGAUGGCGUAUAUCAGCGUUGGCUCCCAGCCAUCGCCAAUUCUUGAGUUCUUGGAGGAGUGGUCCAUGGAGAAUCUCGAGGAGAUAGCCCCCAGUGCGAUUGCAGAUGCCACAAAGAUCUUUGUGAAUGGCUGCUGGGUGGGCAUCCACCGAGACCCUGAUCAACUAAUGGCAACACUGCGAAAACUCCGACGUCAGAUGGACAUCAUUGUCUCGGAGGUAUCUAUGAUCAGAGAUAUCAGAGACCGAGAGAUAAGGAUUUACACAGACGCUGGAAGGAUCAGUAGACCCCUGCUGAUUGUGGAAAAUCAGCAGCUAUUGUUGAAGAAAAGACACAUCGACAUGCUGAAGGAGAGGGACUACAACAACGAUGGAUGGCAGGAGCUGGUGGGCUCUGGAGUAGUCGAGUAUAUUGACACUCUGGAGGAAGAAACAGUGAUGAUUGCAAUGUCCCCCGAGGACUUGCGACAGGACAAAGAGUAUGCUUACUGUACCACUUACACCCACUGUGAAAUUCAUCCAGCCAUGAUCCUGGGGGUGUGCGCUUCUAUUAUUCCAUUCCCCGAUCACAAUCAGAGCCCUAGGAACACAUACCAAAGUGCUAUGGGUAAACAAGCCAUGGGAGUCUACAUCACUAACUUCCACGUCAGGAUGGACACACUAGCUCACGUACUUUAUUAUCCCCACAAACCCUUGGUCACAACUAGGUCCAUGGAGUAUCUGAGGUUCAGAGAACUGCCAGCUGGAAUAAAUAGUAUUGUCGCUAUUCUCUGCUACACUGGCUACAACCAGGAAGACAGUGUUAUCCUCAAUGCCAGUGCUGUUGAGAGAGGCUUCUUCAGAUCUGUUUUCUACCGAUCCUACAAGGAUGCAGAGUCCAAGAGAAUUGGCGAUCAGGAAGAACAGUUUGAGAAGCCAACUAGACAGACCUGUCAAGGCAUGAGAAAUGCAAUAUACGAUAAACUGGAUGAAGAUGGUAUAAUAGCACCUGGUAUUCGUGUCUCUGGAGAUGACGUGGUCAUUGGUAAAACAAUAACCUUACCAGAGGCUGAUGAUGAACUCGACAGUACGACCAAACGUUUCACAAAACGUGAUGCCUCGACUUUCCUCAGGAACAGUGAGACUGGAAUUGUUGAUCAGGUGAUGCUGACGUUGAACAGUGAAGGCUAUAAGUUCUGUAAGAUUCGAGUGAGGAGUGUGAGAAUUCCGCAGAUUGGGGAUAAAUUUGCCUCUAGACAUGGACAGAAGGGUACCUGUGGCAUCCAGUACAGACAAGAGGACAUGCCCUUCUCCUGCGAAGGACUGACACCAGAUAUUAUCAUCAAUCCUCAUGCUAUCCCAUCUCGUAUGACAAUUGGUCACUUGAUCGAGUGCAUUCAGGGGAAGGUGUCCUCCAAUAAGGGAGAAAUUGGUGAUGCCACUCCUUUCAAUGAUGCUGUCAAUGUGCAGAAGAUAUCGACUCUUCUUCAGGAGUAUGGGUACCAGCUGAGAGGAAAUGAGGUGAUGUAUAAUGGACACACUGGAAGGAAGAUCAAUGCUCAGGUCUUCUUGGGGCCAACUUAUUAUCAACGUCUGAAACACAUGGUGGACGACAAGAUUCACAGUAGAGCUAGGGGUCCUGUUCAGAUCCUGGUUAGGCAGCCCAUGGAGGGUCGUGCCAGGGAUGGUGGUCUACGUUUCGGGGAGAUGGAGAGAGACUGCCAGAUCUCCCAUGGGGCUGCUCAGUUUCUCAGGGAGAGACUCUUCGAGGUCUCUGAUCCUUACAGAAUUCAUAUCUGCAAUUUCUGUGGACUAAUUGCUAUCGCUAAUUUGAGGAAUAAUACAUUCGAGUGCAAGGGAUGCAAAAAUAAGACGCAAAUUUCACAAGUCAGACUUCCUUACGCUGCGAAACUACUUUUCCAGGAAUUGAUGGCUAUGAAUAUUGCACCCAGGCUCAUGGUUAAUUAGAUUGUAUGCGACGGUGGAGAAGUGAUGUACAGUGGUGAUUGUGGACUCUAAUGAAUUUUUUAAUUUAGUUGAGAUUUGUUAUGCGAGGACUAGGUUAAUUAAUCUUAUUUUGUUUCAGUAAUAAAUGAUAAAUUUGAGAAUAAAA